AUGAGGUUAUCUCUCCUCCUUUGGCUUCUCGGCAUCGUGACCGCCUUCAGAAGGCAGAGUGCCUGGAUCAAGGGUCGUCUGCUGUGCGGAACGGAGCCGGCUUCCCAAGUGUUGGUGAAGUUGUUCGACCAAGACGAUGGUAACUUUAUUGAUUUCACUGAUUUGUGGGCUUUAAAAGUGCAUGUUUAGAUCUUUUAUGAGUCACGCUAGGUAUUAACAUUGGAUGUCACGUUGGUCACAUUGUGAUUAUAUUCGAGUUGUUUUAUUUUGACAAGUGCAGCCUUUGUAUCUAAAACAAGGUUUUCAUUCAAUUUUCUUGUUUUUAACAAUAAAAUCGUGUUUUUGGUUUAUUUUUGAAGAUUCUCUUAACAAUUAUUAAGCUGUUCAAAUAAUUCUGUGCCUCUAACCCAAAAAAGUUGCUUCGAAAGGAGGCACAGAAUUAUGUAAACAGCAUAGUAGCUCCAAACAUUGUGGACUACAGUUAAUUAGAAUAGUGUUUCAAAGACUUUUAUCUAUUUUACAAACUAUAUUAUCCAAAAAUAAAUGUUUUUGUAGAAAUACUUUACAUUAGUCAACAAUAAGUAUAUUUAUAGGAAACAUAACUGUAAAACAAAGCAACUUCUAAGUAGAGUGAAACGAUAUUUUAGGCCCAGAUCCAGACGAUCUGCUACAAAGCGGCUACACAGAUGACGAUGGCUACUUCGAACUGAAGGGGGAUACUGUAGAACUGACAAACAUUGACCCUGAAGUCAGAAUAUAUCAUACUUGCAGCAUGAAUAUUCCAGUAAGUUAUGGUUUACCUUCCUAAACUAACUUAAGGUAUCUUCUUCGCCGUAGCUAAUAUAAUAUUAAAGGAUACUUAAGUAAUAUUUGCUUGGUUACCUCUCUCUUUUGUUUUACUUUUACUUCUAUUUAUGUAAAACUUGGUUAUAUUGUGGCAUCCUUUCAGCUAUGCAAGCGAGAAUGGGUGAUAGGCAUACCAGACAAGUACAUCACCUUCGACAGAGUACCUGAAUACGUAUUUGACCUUGGAGUUGUGAAUCUCGAAGUCGAGUUGGAAGACGAGAGUCGAGACUGUAUCCAUUAAUAAACUACUUAACUUACGUUUGGACUUACCCUAAGGUCAUUUGCCUAUGAUAUUGUGUUAGAGUUAGAGUUUUAAUGUUGUCAGAUGCUUUUAGGAUUGAUUUUAAUUACAGUAACAGCAUUGACAACGACCUCAGCUAUCAUACCUGAGCAGUUUACAGGAGUCCAGAGUUACAGAGUAAGUGAGUGUAAAGUAGAUAAACAAAAUUAUUGUGUAUUACUAUGGUAUGUUAUCUAGUUUAGGUAAAAGGACACCUUCUUUGUGGUACAGAGCCAGCCAAGAAUGUGAGAGUGAAGUUGGUCGACGACGAUUUUGGUAUGUUCUUUCCUUUUAAAUUCGUAUUUUACUCAUCAAAACUUAUUACAAUUUACUCAUAGUAAAAGGUUGCUUUUAGGUCCCGACCCAGACGACGACCUAGAGAACGGCUACACAGACAACGAUGGCUACUUUGAUCUUUCUGGAGACACUCGAGAAGUCACCACGAUCGACGUCCAUCUCAAGAUCUACCACGACUGCAACGACCUUUUGGUGAGUGUUAUACUGCGUUGAGGUCAAGAGUUAGGUUAAAUAAGACGACUUCGUUUCCUGUUUAGGAAAAACUUUAUACUCUUUUGGCACAGAUCUUAAACUAUUAUAUUAUAAGUUAUUUUACCGUAUUUUAGCCAUGCCAACGCCGAUGGAAGUUCGAAUUACCUAACAGCUACAUAACCAAAGGUCCGAUACCAACGAAGGUACUAGACAUAGGUACCUGGAACCUGGAAGCCAAGAUGCCCGGAGAAAGUCACGAUUGUAUUCAUUAA